CGACAUGUGGUAAAAGAGAUCUUCUUCAUAGAUCUACGCACAGCAAUUUUGCGGAUUGUCAGACCUCCACAGCCACAAACAGUUUGGAAUUGUUUUCUUCUUCUUGGCGUGUUGAACUCCUCCGAAACCCAUAAGCACUUGCAAGGGGUGAAAGAGGAUGCAACACUGAACUUCCGCUGCUCUUCGGAGGGUUGAGUGGUGGUAUUACCGUAGUCUUGGCCACUGUUCGUCUUCAGGGAGUGGAAGAAAUAUUUUGGAGCCGUUCAUGUCGAAGUAGAUUAACCAGUGGUUUGGAAUGACAGUCUACUAAGAGAGCUUCGAAGUAACCAGUAAGGACCUAGGUAUGGCUGCUCAGGGAGAGCCUUCAGUCGACGCAAGGAAGCUUUGUGUGACCAUAUCCCAAGAUGAGGAAGGUACAUGUGACUUGGAGCUAGGUCACACACCCGAUGACCAUGAUGAAGCACUGUUCCAAGAUCCUGAAACAGCUACAAUCCAGAAUGUAAGCGUGGACUGCUUGUCGGAUGAUUCAUGCAGUGAUUCAGAGCCAACAUUUGAAGCAGCAGCCUACAUUGAUCAGCUUAGAGCAGAGAUCAAGCUUCCGUCACAAGUGUGUGUGGACUUUGCCAGCGACUCGGAAACAGACCAAAGUGACAAAGAGGACAAUGGCGAGUCUGAGAUUGACUGCAAGGAGUCAUGGAACAGCUACGAAUCAGAUCUGGACAUGAUCAUACGUGGUGCGAGCCCAUUGAAAGGGAAGACGACAACACCAAGCUUAAAACGGCAAGCGAGGUGCAUAGCUUGGGCACCGACGUGUGUGGUCUCCGUCGGCAAAUCGAGUCGAUCUUGGCGAAGCAACACAAUCCCAGUGACACUGAUGCACUCCGUCCAGGUAGCAUGUCUGCUCAAGGUUAACGCGUUCCUGGAAAUGUACUCCAACGGUCAGAAGCUCAACUUCGACACAAAGACCAUUCUCUCCGUACAAGGCAAAAGAAAAAUAUCAAAGAUCGACUCAGAUCCCCGCAUUCGUUACGGAUCAUCGUUACAUUCUGUCGUCCUGAAAACCGGUCUACCCCUGCCGCCAUACGUGAUUGGCAGUCUCAACUAUCUGUACGCCAACUCGCUGAAUGAGCAGGGGUUGUUCCGGAGGGCUGGCUCAGCGAAGCGUGUCCAUCAGUUCCAAGCAGACUGUGAAGACAAUCCCUAUGAACUGACAUUCGAAGGCCUCACAGCUCACGAUAUUGCCGACUCUGUAAAGCACUUCUUCCGCGACCUCCCCGAGCGGAUCUUCAACGCACGGAUAACGCGCAUCGUCACCAAUCUCGUCUCUUUCAUACCGGAGGAGCUCACUCUGCCUGCAUUACAAAGUGCGUUACAGCUUUUGCCUGAUGCCUGCCGGGAGGCUGCCUAUGUCCUAUGCACUUUCCUGAAAGUUGUUUCGGAACACUCUGCCACCAAUUCGAUGACGAUACAAAAUCUGUGUGUCUGCUGGACACCGACUCUCUUCUCCAUUGGUGCACGCUAUGACAAGGACUCCUCCUCGACCGUGGGAAGUCCAUCUCCGAAGAAAACUAAGCAGGGCUCUCGGCGAGGCUUGACCAAGGAACCCAGUGAUUACCAUGUGACACAACGAGCUCUGGAACUCAUGAUAACAAACGUGGAAGAAGUCUUUUACCCACCUGCGGAGUUACUGCUUCCCGACAUGAGCAAGCUCGCCAAGCCUUUCGAGACCGAGUGUGCAUCCGUGCGUGACAUGGGCGUGGACACUAACGGCACGCCCAACUUCAUGCACUUCAUCAAAGCGUGCGUUGAUGCUACGUUAAAGGAACAUUUGUCUGGCUAUAAGAACUGGACGCCAAUGAGCGGGGUACAGGACGUAUCCUACAAGAAAGUCAGCGACGAUUUCCCGCUGCGUCUGUGGCGGAUGAGCACAGAUGUUCCGGCCACAGCUGGCAGAGUGGUGUAUCGAAUUACUAGAGAGAGGCACCUAUGGGAUGACGACCUUCUUCAGGAACGCGUAGUGGAGACCAUCUCGGACUUUGUGGACACGUACGAGUUCGUGCAGAGGUCCAUCUUUGGCACCGGCCGGCGAUCCUUCGUUUGCUUACGAUCGCAACAUGCAAUGGAUGGUGUUCACUUGAUUACUAUGAACAGCGUCCAGCAACCUGGUGUACUGAGUCGACGAGACGGUGUCGUACCCGCUCUUGAUCUUGCCACUCGAUUUAUCAUCGAACCGUUUGGCAGCACUUGCCGGCUCACAGUUAUCACGCGACAGGAUAUCCGGGGCUACUCCCAGCAGCUAUACAAGCUUGGGCUUGGUGCCUUCCUAGCGUCCUGUGCUUACCGAAUCCGUGACUCCUUCCAGUUGCAGCCCUGAGCAGCAGUCUUGCGGAUAGGCCUUCACCUAAACCCAACUUCAAGUCCUUGCUUAUGUGUGUUUGUCUAUUUUCGCUAUCUGUGGAGUGAGCAGCAGCAGCAAGGAUUUUGACUGCUCGAAGACGCACUGGACAUGAGUGUGUACCACCGACUUUUGCUGUCAUCUACGAUGCACUUUAGGGCACGCUAUUGACGGUUCGCGAGUACUGUUUUAGUACGUAUACUGCUGGUGCCGAUGCGGAUGUGUAUAUUAUGGUGUACUCAACACUCCUCGUUACCUUGUGCCACCUCGGUAUAUUCUAUACUGUGAGUGUGGCACUGGGUUGUACUCGCGUCUAGGGAAGGGACGGUCUGAUCUCUGCAUGCCGUUGAAGCAUUGAAAUAUUUAGCCUUUAGUGGCAAUGCUGUAUCGCCCCAAAAUGACAGGGACUCCUGAACUUAUCCGUGCUGUCGUUUGCUUCUUUUUUGCUUUUUUUGCUGGCACGAGGUAUUUAUUGGUUUUGCACGAGCCGUCUUCUUUCAGUUAACCCCUGCCACAAGUCACUGUCCCACCGCUACAAAGAAUGGCAGCGGUCCCAUUGGCUUGCGACUCC